AUGUCGAACCCAUACAUGUUCAACUACCAACAAUACUCGCCUCAAAUGAGCAACUCCCAAAUGAAUACAUCCCCAACUUUUGCCAACAUGCUGUAUCACGGAGGACUGGGCAACUCGACCACUAGCUCCUUGUCGUCGUCGUCCUCCUCCCUGGUCACUUCCAACUACUCUUUGCACAACUCCCGCUUGAGAUACUAUCUUUCCAAGUCUUUUGAUGCCGAAGACGACAUGGAGUUCUGCCCGGACAUUCCCGAGUCGUUCAACUCGAACCACAUCAAGAAGUUCAAUCCUUACACUGCUAGUGUCUUCGCACCAACUGCCCACGUUGGUGAGGCGCCAGCUCUGCCUGGAGCCCUGGAGUCACCUAGAACAAACACUCCAAGAAUCAGAAAGCCCGUUGAAAUAGUCAACCCCCACACCAAGGUGCGGAUUGGCUCUCCAGCAUCCCACAAGUAG